AUGGCGACUCCCUCCCGCCUCCGUCGCCGCUUGCGCCCCCUCCUCCUCCCCGUCCUGGUCCUCCUCGCCGCGUCGGCCCGGGUCGCCGCGGCCGCCACCGUGAGCGACGACGUGCUGGCGCUGGUCGUCCUCAAGUCGGGCCUCUCCGACCCGGCGGGCCGCCUCGCGCCCUGGUCCGAGGACGCCGACCGCGCCUGCGCCUGGCCGGGGGUCUCCUGCGACCCGCGCACGGGCCGCGUCGCCGCGCUCGACCUCCCCGCCGCGUCGCUCGCGGGGCGCCUCCCGCGGUCCGCGCUGCUCCGCCUCGACGCGCUCGUCUCGCUCGCGCUCCCGGGGAAUCGCCUCUCCGGCGCGCUCCCCGACGCGCUGCCCCCUCGCCUCCGCGCCCUCGACCUCUCGGGCAACGCGAUCUCGGGCGGCAUCCUCGCCUCGCUCGCGUCCUGCGACUCGCUCGUGUCGCUCAACCUCUCCCGCAACCGGCUCACCGGCCCGGUCCCCGAUGGCAUCUGGUCGCUGCCGUCGCUCAGGUCGGUGGACCUCUCCGGGAACCUGCUCUCCGGGAACCUGCCCGGCGGGUUCCCGCGGAGCAGCUCGCUGCGUGUGGUGGACCUGAGCCGCAACCUCCUCGAAGGGGAGAUACCGGCGGACGUCGGUGAAGCCGGGCUGCUCAAGUCCCUUGAUCUCGGGCACAACUCGUUCACCGGCGGGCUGCCCGAGUCGCUGCGUGGGCUGUCCGGGCUGAGUUUUCUCGGCGUUGGUGGCAAUGGCCUAUCAGGGGAGCUCCAGGCGUGGAUUGGGGAGAUGGCGGCGCUGGAGAGACUGGAUUUGUCUGGCAACCACUUCGUCGGUACCAUCCCGGACGCCAUUUCGGGCUGCAAGAACCUGGUCGAGGUCGACCUCAGCCGGAACGCGCUCACUGGGGAGCUCCCAUGGUGGGUGUUUGGGCCACCUCUGCAGCGCGUCUCCGUCGCUGGAAAUGCACUGUCAGGGUGGGUCAAGGUUCUCGGUGAUGCUGCUGCGACCCUGGAAGCUCUGGACCUUUCAGCCAAUGCUUUCACCGGGGCGAUCCCGCCUGAGAUUACCACCCUUGCAAGAUUGCAGUACCUGAAUUUGUCCUCGAAUUUCAUGUCGGGGCAGCUUCCUGCAAGCAUUGGGCUGAUGCUGGUGCUUGAGGUGUUGGAUGUGAGUGCAAACAAGUUUGACGGGGUUGUACCACCGGAGAUUGGAGGUGCGGUGGCACUCCGACAGCUGCUAAUGGGGAGGAAUUCACUUACUGGAGGCAUUCCUGUCCAGAUCGGCACAUGCAAAUCCCUGAUUGCUUUGGAUCUAUCACACAACAAACUUGCAGGACCAAUUCCUAUGUCCAUGGGUAACCUUACUAGUCUUCAAACAGUUGAUCUCUCAGAUAACUUGCUGAACGGCACCUUGCCGAUGGAGCUCUCUAAACUUGACAGCCUGCGUUUCUUCAAUGUCUCUCACAAUUCACUGUCUGGGAGCCUCCCCAACAGUCGCUUCUUUGACAGCAUCCCUUAUUCUUUCAUCUCUGACAAUGACGGCCUUUGCAGUUCACAGAAGAACAGUUCCUGCAACGGUGUCAUGCCAAAGCCAAUUGUUUUCAACCCUAACUCCUCAUCAGACCCCUGGUCGGAUGUUGCCCCAAGUUCCCCAAGGAACCAGCACCAGAAGAAGAUGAUAUUGAGCAUCUCCACACUCAUCGCCAUUGUGGGUGGAGCAGUUAUUCUUAUCGGUGUGGUCACUAUAACAGUGCUCAACUGCCGUGCCCGUGCAACAGUUUCCCGCUCGGCACUUCCUGCUGCAUUGUCAGAUGAUUAUCAUAGCCAAUCAGCUGAAUCUCCUGAAAAUGAGGCCAAGUCUGGGAAGCUCGUCAUGUUUGGCAGAGGCAGCUCGGAUUUCAGUGCUGAUGGGCAUGCAUUGCUGAAUAAGGAUUGCGAACUUGGGCGUGGAGGCUUUGGUACUGUUUACAGGGCAGUGCUCAGAGAUGGCCAGCCAGUGGCCAUCAAGAAGCUGACAGUUUCAAGUAUGGUCAAGUCAGAGGAUGACUUCAAGCAGCACGUCAAGCUUCUAGGCAAGGUGCGGCACCAUAACAUUGUCAUGCUCAAAGGCUUCUACUGGACUUCCUCACUGCAGCUCCUUAUAUAUGAAUUCAUGCCUGCUGGGAGCUUGCAUCAGCACCUGCACGAGUGCUCAUAUGAGAGCUCGCUUUCAUGGAUGGAGAGGUUUGACAUAAUCAUUGGUGUGGCCCGGGCACUUGCGCACUUGCACCGCUACGGUAUAAUCCACUACAAUCUGAAGUCCAGCAAUGUCUUGCUAGACACAAAUGGUGAGCCCAGGGUUGGUGACUAUGGUCUCGUGAACCUGCUGCCUAUGCUGGAUCGCUAUGUGCUCAGCAGCAAGAUCCAGAGCGUACUGGGAUACAUGGCACCUGAGUUCACUUGCAGAACGGUCAAGGUCACAGAGAAGUGCGACAUAUACAGCUUUGGAGUGCUGGUCCUUGAGAUUUUGACAGGCAGAAGGCCCGUGGAGUACUUGGAAGAUGAUGUCGUUGUGCUUUCUGAUCUGGUCAGAGGUGUGCUUGAUGAUGACAGGCUGGAGGACUGCAUGGAUCCACGGCUAUCAGGUGAAUUCUCGAUGGAGGAGGCCACACUGAUCAUCAAGCUGGGGCUGGUUUGUGCAUCUCAGGUGCCUUCUCAACGACCGGACAUGGCUGAGGUGGUCAGUAUGCUUGAGAUGGUGAGGAGUCCUCAGGGUACCCCAGAGGAUGAUCUGGGGAAGGAACUUGCUCAAUCUCAUGAAGAAGUACAGAGGUUGGCUAUAGAAAUAAAGGCAGCGAAUGAAAAGUUGAAUGAGCUCAAGCAGACCAAUGAGGUCCUUGAGGACACUGUUUAUGAGCUGAAGAAGGAUGUUGAGCGCCUUACAGAACAAAACCAGUCCUCUGAGGUGCUUAUACAGAAACUUGGUGACGAGAUAAAUACACUCAAGGAUUCAAAGAAUGAACUUCAAAGUGAAAUACAAAGCCUUAAGAGCAUCAUUUCACAGCUAAACACUGAGAAGAAUGCAGCUGUGCUUCAUCACCAGCAAUCUGUGGAGCAGGUUUCGGUACUCGAAUCUCAGCUGUCAAAGCUGCAGUCAGAGCUAGAUGAGACUGAGCAGAAAUUGCAAGAAGAAAUGAGAACGCUGACACAAGAUCUUGAUGGAUCAAAAAAGAAGCUUAGUGAGCUGGAAAAUAAUAAGUUAGACCUGGAGAGCACACUGAAAGAACUGAAGAACACCAUUUUAGGUUUGAACUCGGAGAAGGAUGCAGCACUCCUUCAGCAACAGCAGUCUCUAGAGAAAGUAUCUGAUUUGGAGUUAGAACUCUCAAAGAUGCAGUUGGAAAUGGAGAAGCCUGAACAAAAAAUUCUCUUAUUGGAGCAAGAAAUUGCACGGAAGAAUGAAAGUGUCGACAGCCUGGAGAUAAGUUUGAAAGAUGAAUGUGAGAAGAGGCUACAAGCCCAAACAUCGCUUGUGUCAUUGGAGAAAAUGUAUUCCCAGUCACAGGAAGACGUUAGUAGGUUGCAGAUAGAGAUUGAGAAGCAGAAUGGCAAGUUGAAUGAGUUGGAGAACUUGUCAUCUGAACUUAACAACACCAUCCUACUUAUAAACACUGAGAAAGAUGCUACCCUCCAUGAGAACCAGCAGUCCUCAGCGAGAAUAUCGGAUCUUGAAUCUGAACUCUUGGCCUUGAAAACUGGACUAGAGAAUGUUGAAGGGAAAGUUCAGAUGAUAUUCUAA